AUGAGGAGCUUGACGGAGAGCUUGAAGGCAGUCGAUCUGGGAUCAAGUGAGGAGGAAUCCGACGCAAGCGAGGAGGAAGAGGACUCGGUGACCAGCGACACCGACAUGGAGGAGGAGGAGACUCCUCCUGCCUAUGCCUACCCCGACGAUGGUGAGUGCCCACCCUUCGUCCUCAUCCAUCAAGAAGCCUACUUUGCCCAACGGCACAACGCCACCACCGCCACCGUCACCGUCACAGCAGUCGGUUCCAAACUCGAGGGCAGCACCAUCACGGUCACCUUCUGCCCCGCCGCCCCGCCACUCGUCUCUUACUUGUGCUUCCACGCCACCGGCAUCGACCAAACCAAGUUCGCCUGCAAUCCCCAAAUCAUCGCCACAGAGACCAAUGGCGGCCUCGUCCUUCUAAGAGUCAUCGUCGGCCGUCCAUCCUCCGCCGUGUUGACCAUCAACGGAGAAUACUUCAUCUACGACGCCCGCGCAGCAAAGCUCGACCACCUCCCCCACCCUGGCCAGCAACACGAAUUCAACGACUACACAGUUGCCAUCGUGCGCAAGUGCAACAAACACUGCCAACGCACGACCACCACCACCACCAGCCGCCAUCACGACAGCGCUGGCUUCUCCCUCCGCCCCUGCCACCUCGCCCCCCAUGGCCAUGGCCAUGGCCAUGACCAUGACCAGGGACCAGCCCGCCAGGAGCACCACCAUGACUGCACCUACGUCAUCGCUGCACAACCUCGUCAUUUCGGAUGUCCGAGAACUUCUCACAUCUGCAUGUACCACUCUGAUACCAACACCUGGAGCAAGAAGCCCGUGGUGCUGCUCAAAUCACAUCCGCGAAACCAAACAUCCAAGACACUCGCCAUCGGAGGACACAAGGGCACCGUGGCCUGGGUCGAUCUAUGGCAAAGCAUCAUCUUCUGCAAUGUCCUCGACAAAGAACCCGAGCUCAGUUGCCUCAAGCUUCCCAACAAGCCCAUCAUGCCCAAAAAGGCUGUGGGGUUUGGCAAUCCAACUUGUAUUCGUGACAUUGCCGUCGUUGGUAACUUCAUCAAGUUUGUCGACAUGUAUGCCCACUUCGACGGCUCCUCUAAAACACCCUCUCAUUGGAAGGCCGCUACGUGGAGCAUCAGGACAGGUAGCUUCUCCUCUGAGGACUGGACCAGGGAUCACCGCAUUAAUUCCACCCAGAUACCCCCUCAACCAUUGUUGCUGCACAAGCUCAAGGUUGAUGCUGGCAUCAAGGCUGCCGACCCAACCUUUUCGACUCUCCACGUUGGCCUGCCACGCCUCAGCCUGCAGGAUGAUGACAUUGUUUACUUCCUUGCCAAGAUUGACUACCGCCGCCACGCAGCAUGGGUGCUUGCUCUUGACAUGGGGAACAUGCUUGUUAAGGAAGUGGUCCCGUUUGACGCCAACAGGACUCUUGGCUUAGCCAGGUGGUACGAUGCAAGUAGGAUCUCCGCAUAUCUCAAACCUGCUCUAGAUCCAAAUCGAAUACUGAAACGACAAGGGACGCUGUUGCUGAAAUCCCCUAGCAAGAAGCAUACCGGAGAUGAUGCCAUGCUGAUUAAUUUGUGAAGGGGCUGGCAUGAGGUUUCAUGGGGAGGUGUUUCAUCUGAGAACUCUGCCGGGUAUCAAGUUUCACUGUUAAUUGUGCCGGCUAUCUCAUAUUUAUUGUCUGGCCACCUACUCGAGCAGUUCUUUAUUGUAUAAUAUGAGCUGUAUUAAAACUAUGUAUGAACUAUAUUAUGUCAGUUGUGCCCCCUUGUGUUUC